AACACAAGCACACGCGAGACGCGACGCGGCCGCUGCUCCUCUCUCUCGCAGCGUGCCUGCCACCGCUCGUGGCUUGGCCUCCGCCUCCUCCUCGUCGCCGCAAAUGGCGGGCUCCUCGUCGUCCUCGCCGGCCGCGGCGUCCGCCCCACUGGCCGCGCAGAGGCCCCACCGCCGCCCCGGGCUCGCCCCGCGCCCCUCGCCCCCAUCCUUGGCCUGCUGCCUCGCCCUGGCGUCGCCCUCGUCCCCCGCCGCGGCCGUCUCGUCCGUCUCCGGAACGGCCGCCCCGAAUCGCUGGCCUAGGAGGCUGGGUCUUCGUUGCCGCGCAUCGGAGGGGGAGGGGACGGCGGCGGGGCAGAGGGAGGCACCGCUGAAGGUGAUGAUCUCGGGCGCACCCGCGUCUGGGAAGGGGACACAAUGCCGCACGAUCGUGGAGAAGUAUGGUUUGGUUCACAUAUCAACUGGGGAUCUUCUGCGCGCUGAAGUAUCUGCAGGCACCGAAAUAGGCAAGAAAGCAAAAGAAUAUAUGGACAACGGUAUGCUAGUCCCGGAUCAAGUUGUGACAGAUAUGGUGGUAUCACGACUAGCACAACCAGAUGUUACACAAAAAGGAUGGCUUCUUGAUGGUUACCCGAGAAGUUAUGCUCAGGCUCAAAGUCUUGAAAGUAUGAAAAUAAGACCAGAUAUAUUCAUUGUGCUGGAAGUUCCUGAUGAUAUUCUAAUCGACAGAUGUGUGGGAAGAAGGUUAGAUCCUGAGACUGGCAAAAUUUACCAUAUAAAGAACUUCCCUCCGGAGAAUGAUGAAGUUUCUGCUCGGCUUGUUACACGAUCUGAUGAUACAUUUGAGAAGGUAAAAUCCCGUCUUGAAACUUACAAACAAAAUUCUGAAGCUGUUCUCCCAACAUACUCAGAUUUGCUUAAUCAGAUUGAUGGAAAUCGACAAGUGGAGAUUGUUUUUAAUGAAAUUGAUUCACUGUUACAGAAGAUCUGUGAGAAUGCUUCAGCAAACAAGUUGGCCAAAACAAACGGAAAACCACAAGAUUCUAAGGAUACAGCUGCCUCAAAAAUUGAAUGGCGCGGUAUUCCAACAAGAUUAAAUAACAUUCCACAUUCCAGAGAAAUUAGGAGAUACUUCUACAACGAUGUACUGGAAGCCACUAGACAUGCUAUUGAAGAUAAAAAAACUCGGUUGCAGGUAGACAUCAACAUUCCUGAACUUAACCCUGAAAUGGAUGUUUAUCGCAUAGGAACGCUUAUGGAACUUGUGCGAGAGCUUUCUCUUUCUUUUGCUGAUGAUGGAAAGCGUGUGAAGGUUUGUGUUCAAGGCUCCAUGGGACAAGGUGCAUUUUCUGGUAUUCCACUUCAGCUAGCUGGAACGAGAAAAAUUUUGGAAAUCAUGGAUUGGGGUGACUAUGGGGCGAAGGAUACCUUCAUUAAUUUUGGAGCCGUAGGUGCUAGUGAGGUUGAUAAAGAAGAUGACAUGUUCAUCCUCAUUGCUCCUCAAAAUGCUGUUGGAAACUGUAUAAUUGAUGACAUGAAAGCAAUGACUGAUGCUGCUGGUGAAAGACCUGUGAUUCUUGUAAAUCCUCGCUUAAAGGAUAUGCCUGGAUCAAGUGGUGUAAUGCAAGCAAUGGGAAGAGACAUGAGGCUAAAAUAUGCUGCAUCUUUUGAGACAUGUUAUUCCUUCCGGCUUCUCUACUAUGCUGGUUCAUUUUAUCCUAUCAUGGGAGCUCUAAGGAUGGCUUACCCUAAUAAGUAUGAGAUUUAUCGAAGGGUUGAUGAGCCCAAUGGACAAGAAAGAUAUGUUCUCCUAGCGGAAUUUGUUGAGAAACCAACUCCUGAUGAAAUCACCAACGCAUUCAGACCACGGAAAAACGAAAAGGAAAAGUCAGAAUCCGGAUUCUGGGGUUUUUUGAGCGGUAUAUUAUGAGGCAAACACUUUACUAAAGGCCAAGUAAGAACAACUGAACCUUAGCAUUUUUCUAUUUUAUUGUCCAUGUAAAUAAUAAGCAGCCAUGAUGUGAAGAAAAUAUCUGAUUCACGGGAUUAGUAUAUUCUCCCAUGCAUUCAACAUGCAUAGAGCUUACUACUUGUUUCCCUGUACCUAUACUUUCCGUUAAUUUCUGAACUUAUGUUUAGUAGCAGUAUAGUCUCAUAUAAAGGUUUUUUUAACCCUUCAUAAUCCAAUAUGGUGAAAGUGGUUUUGCCUAGACCUUUUACUAGAUAUAUGUGGUUUAACGUGGGACAGAAGGUCAUCGUCCAAGGUAGGGAAAUGGGUCUUGCCUUGACCUCUUACUAGAGAUAUAUGUGGUUUAAUGUGGAUCAAAAGGUGAUAGGAUCUUGUAGUGUUUUCUUCGUUCAUAAAUUUUUCAAAUUUUAUUUCUAAAUAUUUCACAUAAAAAAUUUCAAUUACAAAGAUCCCCAAAAUAUAUAGUACAAAAUUCAAGGGAGAUUACUCCCUCUGAUUCCAAAUGUAAGUAGUGUUAAUAUUCUCAAUUUGUUCCUAAAUCUAGGCCAUUUUUGAACGUUUAGGCA